UAGUGAGGAGCCGUGGUGGGUGGUGGUGAAAGAGAAGAAACCCAUCUCAUAAAACCCAUUUCUUAGGAUAACCCCAUCCUCAUCAUUUUUCUUUUCUUUUCACAUUAUUUUGAUUUGAUUAAUCCCACCUCUAUCCUUUCUCUCUGCUUCCAUGUCUGAAACAGCCCGUCUGCUGAAGAAAUUGAAGAAAUUCGCUGACUUUCAGUACAAGGUUUUCACUACUCGAUAUGGGCAGAAAGUCAUUGAUGUCCUCGAGUUUCCAUUUAACGUCGUUUUAUCUCCUUUCACGCUUAUUUUCGACAUUGCCGGCUCAGCCCCUCGUGGCUUUGGUGUCCCCGAGCUAAUUUCCAAGCUCUCAUAUGCUUCAAUCUUUGCUAUUGCUUCAUUUGGAACUUAUGAUAUUGCGCUAGACCUAGGAAGGAAAGUUGUAUGUCAGAGGAACUGUCAAACCUGCAAUGGAUGGCAAGCCAUGCGGUGUACCAAGUGCAGAGGGUCAGGGAUGGUGAACUACCAAGUGAAGAACUAUGCGUUGAGAAGUGGAGAGAAGCCAACACCAGAAAGUAUUGCAGAUGCCAUUGCAGAGAAUCGGGCUGAGUUGAUUCACCUUCCUUCCACUUUGGAUCUUCAUACACCACUGCCAUCCAAAGAUUGCCCAACAUGUGAUGGAACAGGAGUGAUGCGCUGCCCUGAAUGCAAGAAUAAAUUGCCAUUGAGAAUCUCAGCAGACGAUAUCAUGGAACCACCUUGGAAAGCAUAUAAUGUUCUGAGAAAGAUGGAAUAUCCAUAUGAGCAUUUAGUUCAGAGUAUGAAGGACCCCAGUAUUGCCACAUUUUGGUUAAUUACCUUCCCUCAAAUUGUUGGUGGAUUCAACUUUGAUGAUGAUAUCAAGCAAAAGAUUUGGUGGCAGUACAAGGAAUCCAUGCGAUAUGAUCAACUCAGAGAUGCUGUUGCUAAGCGGAAACCUGGAUGGGAGUACUUACAAGAAGCCUUAAUUUCCAUAGACCCUGUUCGAGCCAGGGAUGAUCCUGUGGUCGUGAAAAACAUUCCUUACUUUAAGGCCAAGAAAACACUUGAGACAGAAGUGAUGAAGCUUGAUCCUCCACCACGGCCGCAAAAUUGGGGUGACUUGGACCUUCCACUCAAUUCAUCUUCUUGGAGUCAGGAUGAUCUUAAAGACCCUGGAAAAUUUUAUGAAAUGACUGUACUUCUUAAUGCCCAAAGAGAAAUUGCUGAUAAAAUCUUGGAUGCACAGUGGGAAACGAAAUGGCGGCAGGAAAAGUUGAACGAGUUGUUGGAGGAAAAGCUGCGGCCUUAUGUUACGAGUGCCAACAGCCAUGUCCUUACAGCGCCAAUUGUGUUGAAGUCACAGGACCCGGUUCAGAAGGUCCUACCCUUUCUUUUUCAACCGUUACAUUUUGCCUCUAUUUGAUUUUAUUGGAUUAGCAAAUGACACAAAGGCCCUCUACCGCUCCCUUUAGUACUUCAAAUAUUCUAUCCACUUGAAGUACUGGAUAACAUAAGUUUCCCUUAUUAGAAUUUGUAUAUUCUUUCAAUGCUAGUUAGUUCCCACCACAUUUUUCAUUCAACGUGGCAAUUAAUCAUUGGUUCCCACUACAAUGAUAAGACCUAGGCCAGUUUCAUUGGAGAGUUAUUCCAAAUAGGCACUUACUUUUGCUGAGAUGAGCUGUUCAAAUACCGUUUCUCUUGUUCUUUAUUAAGCUUUAGUAACACCUGUGACUUACAUGAACCUCCCAACUUUGUAGCAACCGUUUAGGCUCUGCUUUGCUUGAUAUGGUAACUAUUUGGUUUUUGGUUUUUGAUUUUUGAAA